CAGACUUCUUCUUUUCCUUCAUCACUCUUCAGGACACUCGCUUUUUACAUCGUAUUUGUUCGAUUCGAUUCUGACUCUCGCUAAAGUCUAACUUCACUACCCAUUGCUCCAUAAUACAGAAUUCACGUCCCGCCCCGUCUAUAUUGUCCUCUGAGUACCACAGAUUUCCAAUCACACGAUCGAAAUAUUCAAAAUGAAGUACUCCGCCAUCAUCGUCGCCCUCGCCGCCGGCGCUUUCGCCAUUCCCCAGGCUUCCACAAUUACCAGCGCUCCCCCCACUGCCGCUAGCGCUGCUCUCACCCCUCAGGUUAGCUGCGCGCUCGCCUGCCCGGCCAGUGACGUUACCUGCCAAGCUGCAUGCUUGGGCAAUGCACGUCCCAACGAAUCCCAGGUUAUUGAGACCAACAAUUGCGCUGCCAAGUGUGACCAGGGCGAUGGAACUCCAGCUGCUACUGAGAAGUACAGCCAGUGCGUCCAGGCCUGCAUUGCUAGCUACUUCCCCAGCAGCCAGACUCUUGCUGCACCAGCUGCUGGUUCCAACGCUCCCUCGGCGGCCAGCAACGCGGCGAGCGCUACUGGCGCUGCUGCGUCUGGUUCUGCUGGUGCUUCUAACGUUGCCUCAGGCACUGGCGCUAAACCCACUGGUUCUAGCACUGCAUCCGGAGCGGCUGCCUCUUCUAGCUCUACUGGUGCGGCCAGUUCCAACAACGUCCAGCUCGCGGGUGCCGGCCUUGCUGGUCUCUUCAUGGCUGUCUUCGCUUUGUAAAUACUCGUUCUAUCAAAUUAAUGUAGUGCGAUAAUUGGGCAAAGAUUGCAAGAUGGCGGGAAUACGGCCUCGUUUGGUUAAUGAUAAUUUGGAUUACCCGGGUCUGGGGUUGUUAUGGGGUACAGGAAAUGCUGGUGGGUUCGUUCGCCUUCAGAUUUUGUUCAUGUUCUGUUGUGGUAUCAUAUUGGAGAAAGCUGGUGUGCGUAGUUGUAGCUGCUAGUUCGCUAGUGUAUUUGCGAAUCUUUCAGUGCCACAUGGGUCUCAUCUGAAAAUUUUCCAUGUGGCCGUGAAU